UCAGUCCAGUGCCGGUGUUACAGCUGGAUGGUGUUUGCCAAGCAAGUGUCCUAGCUACGAUUUUGUGAUUUUAUAGCGUAAAUUACACGAGAAACGUAAAGUCUCUGUGGUAGGUGAAUACUGUGAUGUGGAGAGAGUGAAGACGCGUGUGUGACUGUUGAGAGUAUACGCGUUUAGCUAGCUUUGUGGUUAAAAGGACUUGAAAUAGGUUUUUAUUUUCACUUCACGGGGUAACGGCAGCUAAAAUUAUGCUAAAGCUGUUUUUAAGACAUGCCCGUCGCUUUCCGUGGGUUACCAACGUGACACUGUACGGCUGCCUGUUCGCCGGGGGGGACUUCGUCCACCAGUGGUUCACCGGGAGAGAGACCAUCGAGUGGAGACAAACACGGAACGUCGCCGUGGUCGCGUUUAGUUUCCAUGGCAACUUCAAUUUCUUCUGGAUGCGUUUCCUGGAGAGGAGAUUUCCCGGGAACUCCAUCGGGAUGGUGAUGAGGAAGCUGUUCCUGGACCAGACGACGGCGGCGCCCCUGGCCACCAGCGUCUUCUACACAGGUGUCAGUUUCUUGGAGGGCAAAGAGGACAUCUUGGAAGACUGGAGAGAAAAAUUCCUGAAUACUUAUAAGACAGGGCUAAUGUUCUGGCCAUUCAUGCAGACCGGUGACGGCACAGCUGGUGCUGCGCUGGCGUGGAUGUUCCCUCAUAAAGACGAUGAUGCCGAAUACACUAAAGAGAAAGUAGACUCAGAGGACAAGGUGGCUUCCCCCAGCAAAGGAACAAGACCAUGUAAACCCACACAGUAGCAGAAUCAGUCGCUUUUAUUUAAGGCGACAAAACGUCAGCUGGACUAGUGGCCUGCGGUCUAACUCAGCUGAUGUUACACUAACACUGCCAAGGUCACAGGUCGAAGACUCGGUGAGAUAAGAGUGAAAGUGCUGAAAAAACUCCAGCAUCUUGAAUGUAUAUGCAGAAUAUUUUUAUUAUUUAUGCAGUAUAGCAGCUCUGUGGGAAAACAUUCGGAUCUAUCCUUCCAUACCACAGUGACUAUGACCAUCGGCUCUUUUGGUCGUUUUUAUUAAUGCCAACUUGUGUUUGUUCCACAAGUGAGGUCCUUUUUUUUAAAAAAUUUUAACUUGAUUUGCUUGAUUUGCAUCAAAGUGAAAAACUGAAUAGUGUACAAACGAUUUCCACCAUGUGGACACUGGCAGCUAAUUUAUUAGCUUAGAAUUUUAAUUAAUGAUGAUUUAAGUCGCAUUUUAAACGUUUAAAUCUCAGCUUAACCUUUCAUCUUUGGCUGAAAGAGUGCCUGAUCGCUAAGAAAUAUCCCAAGUGUUUCCAGUUUCCAUUUUAGUCCAUGAUGUACCGAAUACAGACAUACCCAGGUACCAGUUAGGAUUGUCACAAUGUACGAUUUUUACCUCGCAUUAUAUUCAUGGUCAAAAUAAUUCACUGAUAUUAUUACAAAAUCCAUAAAAAACAUCAACAGAAAUCAAACUAAAGCAACAAGAAAGUCUGUAAGAAUAGAUUUACAAACAUGAAAGUAAUAACAACUACAAAAUUAUCAUAAUUUCAGUUUUAAAUAUCACUGUUAUUAUUAAUAACAUCUGUCAUGACACCUCUACUACCAACAAUAUGUGAUAUUGUUUUAUAUGUUUGUAUUAUCAAUUUAUAGGUAGGUCAUUUUUAAUGAACUGAGUGCACAAUAUGAAUCCAUAUUCAAGCACAAUAUGAAUCCAUUCAAGCACAAGAAAAAUGUAAUCAACACUAAAACAGAUCUGAAAAAACAGUUUUGAUUUGCACAUUUUCAGCCAUUUUCACUUCACUAUUGCCUGUGAAGUUAGGAAGUAACACAUGAGAAAGUUAAAGGUUAUGCUGUGUUGGUCUAAUAAUAACUGGGAAAGCUUGUCUCAAACAUCCAUUUACUUGAAAGGAAGAAAUGUUGCCUGCCUGUUUUUGUAACCUUUGUUAAUAUUAUACCAUCGCAUGGGCUUAACCAUCUCUAUAAAUAUUUCUUCAUAGAUACUUUGUAGAACUUGCCUGCAUAAAAAAUGUUAAAUCAGACGCCUCUGGCUUUUCUAAAUAGAGUGCAGCUAGAGUACAGCAGUUUGUUGUGUUAUAUAUAGGCUUUAAGGGCAUACUUCUCUUUUCUGUUUCACACAGAUAAUUAACUUUUUGUACUACUGGAAUUCAGUAGAGCUUUUUUGGUACGUUUGAGCCUAAAAUAUAGUUUGUGAUUACGUAUUCAAUCUGACUGUGUGCAGGGUGUGUGGCUAUAAUAUUGCUUCAGUCUCACAAGACUAAAUUAGUGCUGUUAAUAACAUAUUAAUAUAUAAAGCAUUGCUGGAUCUAAAGAAAAACGUUUAAUCACUACUUUAUCUUUUAUCAGAGAUUCUUUAAAUUGCAUCCUUAUUUAAGCAGUAAAGAGUGUAUGUUUCUUAAUAAUAACGUCCUAUUUCCUGACUAUAUGUGUGCUGAUACCCUGGAGCUGAAAUGUCCAAGAAAUGAAUAUUCCUUUUUUUUCUAUCUGUAUGCUAUUUUUCCACAGUCAAAAUCUUCUGUUUUUACUGGUUUUGUUGUCACAAAGAACAAAUGGCUGCAGUUGACUGUGAAAACUCAUCUAAUUACAUCUGCGUUACAUGCACUAACCGCUGAAUAUAUAUUAAUAAUAUUUAUUCUUGAAUAAAUUGAAAAAAUGUCAUUAAUUUAUU